AUUCCAGUGGAUUGCACGAAUUCUAAUCUUAAGAAGCACAGGGCAGGUAUUAAGAAGAGAAGAGUAAAUGAAUAAAAAACGGGGGAAAGUUGAGAGGACUUAGCCGUUUCAGAUACCAUUUACUAGGCAGAGCACAGGUGGAAGCCCAAACAGUUGACGAGUGGGUGAGGUGAUUUGUCCAAACGGUAGAGCGAGAGACCUGGCGUAACAGGAGGAUGUAUGUGUGCGCCGUGCCGCAGGCAGAGGGUGCGCGGAGGACGACCGCGCGUGUGCGGGUGUGGCCCGGUGGGGGGUCGAUUGCACAGCAGAACGGUGCACACAGGUGAGACCGCAGAGAUCGGGACCAGGUCGGCUCCAGCCAAUAGACGACGAGGAGCAGAAGAGGAAGAGGAAGAGAAGAGGAAGAGGAAUCAAAAACAGCAGAAGAAGCAGAAACAGCAGAAGCAGAAGCAGAAGCAGAGGAAGUUACCAGCUUUGCAACGUUGGAUAACUUGGACACGCACGUAGAGUUGCGCUGGAAGCGAAGUUCUGUUGUGGCAACUUUGAGACCAGCAGUUUUAGUUUGAAGUGCGUUGAAGAGGUGAAGAAAUAAGAAGCAAGAAGAAAUAAGGAAGAGGUUGCAAAUUGCAGCUAGAGUUGUUUUGGAAGUGGUUGAAAGUGGCCAGAAUUGAAAUUGAUUUCAUUCUGAUCUUAAUCUCAAUCCUAUUCUUAACUCUAAUCUUAAUCUUAUUCCCAUUCGAUUCUUAUUCUUAAUUGUAGGUCUGAUCCUAUGCUUUUUAUUCCUUCAAAACACCACUCCACCUGAAAAUCUAUUUUCUAUCUCAAUAUUUUGCUCUUUUCUAUUAUUUUUCAUCAGAAAACCUUUAUUUUCCAACCAUCUUCCUUACUUUCAUUUGCUUUUAUUUAUUCCCAUUUAUUCCCAUUUCUUCUCAUUUAUUUUCCACUUUUCUCUGUGUUAUUCAUAUCUAUUUAAAUCUU